UAUUACAGAUUAACACUCAAUGAAAAAAUUGGCACUUCAUUAAUAGCCCGGUCGGUUUCUACAGAUUCACCACUUUGUUUUCAGGUCACACAGUUUCUUUGUGGUGAACCACUUAAGAAGAAGAAACGACUUGAUCCUGCUAUCAUUAGAGCUCGUGAAGAAAAGAAGAAAAAGAAGUUGGAAAAGCAGAUUCGUCGAUUAGAAAAGAAUGCACGACAAUCCAAACCCAUUGAUGAAUGUGAAGUACCAACGGUCCUUAUUGAACCUGAAGAAGAAAAGAUUCGCAAGCGUAAGAUACCACCUCUGACUAGCGCUCAAGUGGACGAGCGCGUGUGGCUCACCAAGGACUGGACCCGGUACCGCUACCAGCAGGCUAUUGGUGAUAUUUCACUAGUAGAGAGACUGGCAUAUUCCCAGGCUCGCGCACUGAAUGAGUUGCGUCAGGAGAGUGAAGAACUGUACCAGGAAGCAAUACAGAUUGACCCUGCGUUGCUACCAUUUGUAGUGCAAGGCCCAGUUGUCACUCCUCCCAUCCCAGAUUAUGAGAGUCCUGAUGGAGAGUAUGUGGAUAUUACCAAGAAGUGGACAUAGAACUACUAGCUCUCUAGUAUUAUCACUAGUCUCUGUUAUAAAUAAAUGAAUGUAUACUGGUAAA